AUGAUUUCUUUUAGUAUAAAUUUGUUAUUGUGUUCAAUUUUGUGCAUCUUAGUGAAUACAAGUACACAACAAACAGUACACAGACGUUUCGAAUACAAGUAUUCUUUCAAACCACCGUACUUAGCACAAAAAGAUGGAUCGGUGCCGUUUUGGGAGUAUGGCGGAAAUGCAAUAGCGUCGGGUGAGAGCGUGCGUCUUGCACCAUCACUACGAAGUCAAAAAGGAGCGAUAUGGACCAAGCAGCCCAUCAACUUUGAUUGGUGGGAAGUGGAUGUUAUGUUCAAGAUCACUGGUCGAGGGCGUAUUGGGGCUGAUGGAUUGGCAUUCUGGUACACGACCCAACGCGGCGAUUACACGGGUGACGUUUUCGGUUCAUCUGACAGGUGGAACGGUUUAGCUGUCAUUUUCGACUCGUUCGACAAUGAUAAUAAACACAAUAACCCCUAUAUAAUGGCAGUUUUGAAUGACGGAACGAAAAACUUCGAUCAUAAGAGUGAUGGCUCAACCCAGCUGCUCUCGGGAUGUCUUCGCGACUUCAGAAAUAAACCGUUCCCCACCAGAGCGAGAAUUGAGUACUAUAUGAACACGUUAACUGUCUACUUCCAUAAUGGCCUAACAAACAACGAGGCGGACUACGAGCUCUGUUUCCGAGCGGAAAACGUUCAGUUACCGCGCGGCGGUUUCUUCGGCUUGUCAGCGGCCACCGGUGGAUUGGCGGAUGACCACGAUGUGAUACACCUGCUGACCAGCUCGCUUCACAGUGCGCAGCAAGGCGGUCAACAGAUAAGCAACGAUGAGCAGCAGAAACUCUCUCAAGAGUACCAGGAAUAUCAGAAGAAGCUGGAACAGCAGAAAGAAGACUACAGGAAAGAGCACCCCGAUGAGGUAAGAAGAUAUAGUUUGUCAGACGCAUCGCCUAUUGCGUAG